AUGGCGUGGUCAGCUGAGGGGCGCGUUCCUUCGUGUAAAACAAUUGUACUUACCCACCUGUUCUAUACCAAAAUUUCCUUAUGUGUGUGGUAUAACCUUGCUUCCUGUUUGAAGAUUUUUCUGCUUUUUGUACCGAGACUACCGCGACCAGCGGAUGGGCAAACAACUUUCUCCGCAAAGAGGAUCACUUGUGGUGACGGACGUUGCCGACAUCUACCUUUAGAGAGGAACACAUGGCGAAAGCAAAUGCCAUGGCCCGGGGUAUUUGACGGCACUGGCAUGGAGAUAAAGAUUCUCGUUCGUGUAUAA